GCUAUCUACUGGCUGCUUCGACAGGAGGCGGAGUGGCUGAGUGGCUGAGUGGCUGGGGAUGAAUAAAUGUCACACGUUUGCAUAAAUCCACGGGCCAAAUCCGCAUAACAGUUACAUUAAUGGUGGGGUAAUGCGAAAAUCAAAAUAUAUUUUGCAAUGCUCUCUGGGUAUUAUACAUUCCGAAACAUCAGGAGAGAGAGAGAAACAUUCAGAAACAACGCGACGACGAGACGGCGAGACAGCUUCAACUCAAUUCUCUCCUUUCCCCAAAAUCACGCUUUCAUAACAAGAUUCCACAAGCAUCAUAUCAUACACGUGAUUACUUACUCCAUUCAAUAAUCUAUCAUGGCUGAUUCGGAUUUCGAAGAUGGUCCCGAUCUGUUCGCUGAACCGGACGAUUAUUAUCCUCCAUCGCCGAAACCAACCACAGAAACCCAUACACUACUUUCCGGUCAGACACUGACUCUGCAUCUGGUCGGUCACAAUCCACUGUGGGGCCAUCAUCUUUGGAAUGCAGGUCGCAUAAUAUCCAACUACUUGGAAAAGAAUCCUUCUUUGAUUACUUCGAAAUCAGUAUUAGAGCUUGGUGCAGGUGCAGGUCUUCCAAGUCUUACGUGUGCUUCCCUUCGUGCCCAAAAUGUUGUGGUUACGGAUUAUCCAGAUUCGGACCUCAUCGAUAAUCUCAGAAAGAACAUCUCGGUAUUCUAUGAGCAAUUUCCCGAGCUGAGGGUGAAUGAUAAAGAAAGCCUGGUUGCUGAAGGUUAUUGUUGGGGCGCUGAUCCAUCCCCGUUGCUCUCACUUCUACCUUCAGAGGAGAAGGAAGCUGGCUUCGACGUGUUGAUACUUGCGGAUCUUCUUUUCAAUCAUUCCGAGCACGCAAAGCUAUUGGAUUCUAUCAAGAAGACUCUAAAAAAGAAUAAGGAUUCUACGGCCUUGGUAUUCUUUACCCCAUAUCGACCUUGGUUGUUGGAAAAGGAUUUGGCAUUCUUUGACUUGGUACGAGAGGGGGGUAUGACUGUUGAGAAGGUCUUAGAGGAGAAGAUGGAGAAAGUAAUGUUCGAAAAGGACAGGGGAGAUGAAGAACUGAGAAGGACAGUUUUUGGCUUCGUUGUGAAAUGGGCCGAGGAAGAUAGUAGUUAAUCAUCAGCAUAUAAAGAAUUGAUUUCGGCGGCUGAGCAAGAAACAGGCGAACCAGCCGGCUAAGCUAUGCUUCGCUGCCCGGCUCUGGUGCGGAUGAGACUAUUCUUACCGUCAAUCACGGACCUUGAACACCGCAGAUGACAAUCCAUAUGGCCUGCGAUAUAUGCGAAAGUCUUUGUACCGCGUAGAGCCAACUUUCGGCCUAUGUUGAAUUCGAUAGAGCGCAGGAUUCAUCGCUGCAGAGUAGAACAAUAAUCGCUGGCUGUUCUACCACAAUGAACGAACAGUGAAAGCUCUGCACUUGCGCAACAAUCAUAUACACACACAAAAAAUUGCACCUUCAAAUUGACCAUGUAUACCGCCUACCAUCAAACAAUAAAUCCUCACCAACAACACCA